AACAAUAUCAAACGUUGUUUGUCAAUUCGUUAUCUUGAAUUUCUGCAACUAAGCGACGCUCUCUGUGUGUGGUUCUCUGACCGUCUCCCCCUCUCCCUUUGCUAAUUUCUGCCUUUUAAAAUUCUCUUUCUUAGCUUCUUUUCUUCAUCAUUUACAGACUCACUCCAUAUAUUCUUUUCCUUUUCUUUCUUAGGAAGCUGGUAUAAUUGAAUUUUAUUAAGCCUCAACUUGGUAGUUGGAACUUCUAGCUCAUUCUCAGUAACUUCACUUCAUGUAUUUUUUGUGUCUAUUUGAGAUUUCUUUUCUGGUUUUUGCUGGAUGAACUCUCAUCAAUGCCUUUACUAGAUAUUGCUACUACUCAAGCUUCCUUGCAAAAUCAUCUAAGUCCAUUAGGGGUUCAAUCCCUCAUUCAUUGUAAGGUUUUAUCAAGUCAAUUUAUAUUUGGGGAUGGGAAGAUACCGGUAUCUACGUGGAAAUCUUUCCACUUCCCUAGGAAGUUAAAUCCUUUUGAAAGGAGUAAACUUCAGAUCAAGGCAGUUGCUACUCUUGAACCCAAAUGUUUAGCCAACAAGGAAGAUGGACACAAGAUUAGUGAAAAUGCACAGCUUGAUAUCGAUUCCGAUGCCUCAAAGGUUCAGGCUGAGUCUUCAAGUGCAGACUCAACAGAAUUGGGUGAGAAAGAAAGGUUGAGGCGGAUUAGAAUUUCUAAAGCAAAUAAAGGAAAUACUCCAUGGAACAAAGGGAGGAAGCACAGUGCUGAAACCCUUCAACGGAUUAGAGAAAGAACAAGACUUGCUAUGCAGAAUCCUAAGAUCAAGAUGAAGUUGGCCAACCUUGGACAUGCUCAGAGUGAAGAGACAAGGAUGAAAAUUGGAGUUGGAGUACGAAUGAGGUGGCAAAAGCGCCGGGAGAAGAUGACUCUGCAGGAAACUUGUCUCUAUGAGUGGCAAAAUUUGAUUGCUGAAGCUUCUAGAAGAGGAUAUCUUGGCGAGGAAGAGCUGCAGUGGGAUUCCUACAAGAUCUUAAGUGAAAAGCUUGAGGUUGAAUGGGUAGAGAGUAUUGAACAAAGAAAAGCAACGCGUAGGCCAAAGGGUAGCAAGAGAGCACCAAAGUCCCCUGAACAAAAAAGAAAAAUUGCAGAAGCCAUUGCUGCCAAAUGGGCUGAUCCUGACUACCGAGAUAGAGUUCGCUCUGCACUUGCUAAAUAUCAUGGCAUACCAGCUGGAGCUGAAAGGAGGCCAAGGCGAAGGCCAAGUACCCAAGCCAAGAAACAGGACCCAACAAAGAGAAAAACUAGGGAUACAAACAAUUUGUCUGGAAAUGAUGCGACAAGCCCAAUUCAGCGGCUAAGACUGCGGAGAAGUAAGACACCAUUGUACAAGGAUCCUUUGGCAGGUUCAAAGUUGGAGAUGAUAAAGAACAUCAGAGCACAAAGAGCUGCCGCAGAAACCAAGAAAACUGAAGCCAUUGGACGAGCAAGGUUGUUAAUUGCUGAAGCUGAGAAAGCUGCUAAGGCCCUUGAGGUUGCUGCAACAAAGAGUCCUAUUGCUCAAGCCUCCCUCCUGGAAACCAGAAAGCUGAUAACUGAAGCAAUUCAGUCACUUGAAUCCAUAGACACUGUGCACAUCACAUCUACUAAGAAUGACUUGGACCCUUCUCUUGGACCAGCUGAAAGGAUUAGCCAGGUUGAAAUGGCAAUGGACAUGGGAAAUGGAAACUCUAAUCAAGCAGAGUUGAAAGAAGUAAAUGGAACCAAAAUCCUUGCAUCAAGUAAAGAUGAGGACCUCAACUUCACUAACUUGCAUGACAUUCUGAAUGGUGAGAAUGAAAUUCUCUCUGCAAACUCUAAUGGGUAUAGUUUGCCUUCAAUUAGAUUGGAGAGUCUCCUCGAACACCCGAGUUCGCCCAAUCAUUUUGGCCAAUUGGAAGCAAACGGGAAUGUUAAACCUCAAAGGAAUCCUUUACUGAAUGGAUCCCAGGUUCAGCAAGUGAAAGAGGAGUCACCUUCUAAACCAAUCUCUAGCACUAAGAAAUGGGUUCGUGGAAGACUUGUUGAAGUGCAAGACGGUGACAAGUGUUAACUCGCAGAAAAUUUCGAAGUUGAUCCAUUUACCAAACUUCAUCUUUUCUUGGGUUGACAUGAGCUGUCAUUCCUCAUCAUGGUUCUUUUUGAUCCAAGAACCCAGGAAUCCUGCCAACACAAAGUGGCUAUUUCGGCUUUGUCGCUUUGCCAUAUAAUAUUUGGUUCUGUAAUAUUUACAGUUGAUCAAAAGAAUUUUUACUAAUACUGAAUACUUGAAGAAUCAUUUCUGUCUGCCAUAUUUUUGUCGUUCAAUUAGAAGCAUUGGUUCUUUCACUGUCAUUAGAUUGUUCAAUGUUUAGAGAGAGAAGCCGGCGGAAGUCUACUUGCUUUCAUGCCCAAGUGUAUGGUUUAAUCUUUAGUAAUUUCCAGUUUCUCUUGGCUAC